CGCUCCUGUUGCAACCUCCCGCGGCAGAGUUUUCUUUGGAAAGUUGCAUUUAUUUUCUUCCCUUGUCUGGGCUUCACCGGAAAAGAGCUGGAUGAGUCACCGCGGCGCGCACUUGGGAGCCGGGAAAGGGGCUGGCGGCCGAGACGCCCAGGGGUCCUCGGGCUUGGGCCGCAUUGCUCAGGAAGGGGGGCUGGGGUGCUGCUCUAGGAGGGAAAGAUGACUGACCCCUUUGGGACUUUACUCUUGGGGCGAGGCUCUGAGUGUUACGCCCAGCGUGCGAAGGCUGGAGUGCGAAUGUGCGUGCGCGUGCCUGCGCUCCACUGCCCCCUUCUCCGCCUGUAACCCCUCAGAGCGGGAGGAAGAAGAGAGGCCGAGUUUGCGCCUGGUUUCCCAGGGCUCAGGUAGGUCUAGUGAUAUUUGUUGAGAGGAGCAAACAGGUGUGAUGAGGUGGUACCUGGGCGCCCGGUACAGCUUGCCGGGGACCUGCUGGAGAAGCUCCAGGGCUGCAGGGUCAGUGUUCCCCUGACCCCUCAGGCUCUGCAGCCCUGUGAGUCGCUCUUGCCCUUGACCUCUGAAUCAGCUUCCAUCUUCCUGGCAGACACUGCUGACCUGCUCAGUUUUUCCCCCUCCGGAGAGCCACCCCCAUUGUUGCUUCCUCUUUCACCAGGAACCAGAGCUGGGAGUAGGGAAGGGUUUGGCUCCGUGGGCCCCUGGUGAGGAUUUGCCGUUGCCUAUUACACAGACCAAGCUCAAUGGACAGGGAACUAGGAAUAGGCCAACCGCUGUGUUGCUGCCCUGGAGUCCCGGGCAGGUCAUGUCCAGUGGACCAGGGCCCAAGUGACCCUAGUUUAGUUCCUGAAAGUGUGGCUUGGGGUGAGGCCCUGGGGCCUUGGGCUGCCAUCCUGAUGCAGGCUGGAGCAGGUCUCCUUCAGCGCGGGGCAGCCUGCUGUGGACUCACCUGCCCAAGACCCAGGAAACAUGUUGGCAUGUAGGGGUGGGGAGAAGAGGGCCCAGAGCUGCAGGUUGGAUGGCAGCCCCAGGAAACCGGUAGAGGUUCUCCCAGGGAGUGAGUGGGAUGUGAUUUGAGGUCACAGCCCCUUUUGUUGGAUGGCUCCCACCCCCUCAUUCCUCCCUUAUCUCCUCCCCCUGGCCUGUCCUAGAGCCAGGACAAUGUUCUAAAAGUGCUCAGAAAAUGAAGCUUGAGUCAGCAGGGUGAGUCUGGAGACAAAAAUACAGCUGUGGACUUAGAGGCCCCAAUUUGGUGGGGUGGAGUGUGUGGGGGGAAGUUUUCCCAUGUGCUCAUGUGGUAUCUAGUGAAUGCCCCCAUGUUUCUUCCCCCCCCAGCCCCCAGUUGUCCCCGAGGCAGAGGAAGAGGAGCAGGGGCUAAACAGGAGUCCUGGCUGCUCACAAAGGUCUUUCCAGGCUGCUGGGUGGCAGAGGCAUGGGCCAGGCCCUGGAGGGAAAAGGCAGAGGCUGCCGUGACCUGAGGACUCAGACAGUAAAGUUGAAGCACUAUCCUCUGUUCCUUAUCUCCUAGUAACACAACACUGUGGAUGAAAACCCAGUCUGUCAGAACGGCAGGGUUUCUAUCUUGGCUGCUCCACUAGCUGUUUUUUAGCCUCAGUUUCACUGGUUGCAAAUGGGGGUGAUGGUGAUAAUGGUAAUACCUACUCCCUAGCUUUGUUAUUUAUUAAGUCAUAAAUAUAACAGCUAUAAAUAUUUAUGGCUAUAUAAUUAUAUAUAACAUAAAGUAAAAAUUAGCUUUAUUAAAUCAUGUAUACAGCACCAGACUGUGCCCAAAACAUAGUAAGUGCUCAAUAAAUAUUAGCUGGCAUUGACUGUAUCUACUGGACCUGUGACCUGUGGCCCAGGGACAGGAGCACCCAGUCCAGGAUUCUCUUCCACUCUGAAAAAGAAAAGCCUUUGCUAUAGACCUUGUUUCUCUGGAAGCAAGGUUUCCUGCUGCUGGGGAGUCAGUAGAAGGGCUGGGCUAGUAGCAUCCCGUUGCUGGGAUUGAGUGCCAUUUCCUCUUGGCAGAAAUCACCCCACUUCUCGGUGCUUUGACUUCCCUGUAAAAUGAGGACACCGUACCACCUCGAAGCACUGUGAGGAUUAAACGCGCCGCUGUAGGUGAAGCGCAGCACAGCAGCUGUAUGUAAAGAGAGCUUGAUAAGUGUCAGCUGCUGUGAUUGGUGACAAUGGAGACAGUCACUGUGGUUCACAUUAGAAACCAGAGUUUCUUUGCCAGGGGAUUCAACCACAUAUAACUAUGUAAACCAUGAACGACACAUUAGCAGUGGAACUCGUGGUCCAGUGAGAAGAACUGGAUCUCUCCCCUAUCAAUACUGUGUAUGACUGCUUUUAAUCAGUCCAGAAACCCCGCUUGCCUUCCUCCGCUGGUGGUACCUUGAGGGAACAGAGGUGAAGGUACACCCUGAAAGGUUACGUGUAAGUGCCUCCUAUUAAGAAAGGCUGUUGUUACUUUUAGGGAAACCACAUGAAAGAGUGCUCUGAAUUUGGGGUUCUGCCCUGUGCUCCCUCUUCAGUCCUUGGGAUCCCUCACGCUGCUUUCUGGCCUCCACAAGAAAACCCCAGCUUGCCUUUCACUGGACAGUCAGCAGCCCUGUGUGCACACAGCGAGGGUAGAAGCUGGACCAGUUGGUACCAGGCCCAGUGCCUCGACGCUGAUGCCACUUGACUCCCAGCAAUAGAGCCGAGUGUAGAGCUUUUGUCCAGUGUAUUAAGUGUCCCUGCUUGGGGGCGGGGCUGGUGACAGAGUCGUCACGGGAUGGUCUUGAUAUCUGGCCAGAGCAUCCUACUGAGUCCUCUUUUCUACUACGUGGUCUGUGUUUCUGUCUCCUGGGGAGAAGCCCACAGUUUGCUACUGACCUUAGAUGAUGUGUGGGGCUUCUUUGCUUCUGAUGUUAGAGACAGGCCUGCCUUACCUGUUGGCCUUGGUGUCCGUGUCUGUAAAAUGGAGAUAAUGUUCACCUUGCAAGGUGACAAGAGGGUUAAAUGAGCAGGUGUGUUAACAAAGUGCCUGCACUUGCUGCACAGAGAGCAGCACCAGCUGCUCAGUGUGUUUAUGUCCUUCCCCUCCUGGUGAAUCCUGCGCUCACUCUCCUUGGGGCGCUGGGGGACUCACCGCCCGUCGUCUCCCAGGGACCAGAUGCAGGCCAGACUGAAUGGUGCCCAUCUGAAUGGUGCCCAGCCAGAUGAGUGCUCUAAGGAGCAGCCAACCCAACAGCAGGCCCUUUCCGGGGUGCUCCCCGCACACCUUCGCCCCGCUUAUCUCCAGUGUACUUUGGGCUGGCAAACAGUGUUCCACCUGGGAGCACCCUGCCCAUCCCUAGGGAUGUGGAAAUCUAAUGUUCCACUCCUGGCUCCCACCGCCAGAGAGCUGAGCACCCAGAUACCCUGAGGAGGCCCUACCUGAGUCCCAGGCAUGCUGGUCAAAUGACGGAGCACACACCGAAUCCUGACUCGCACUCAGUGAGGCCUUCUGUUGUGCACCCACUUUUCAGCCUCUGCUUUCCAGGAGCUGAAGGGCAAGUGGUGUGGUAUGGGGCUAGGGAAGGACUGUCAGCUAGAGGCCAGGGGGAUCAGGGCCAUCACCAACUUUGAAGGCUGUCAGGUGAGCACCAGGAGCACACUAGGAUCCCAGGUAGCCCUGAAGGACAGUUGGGCUUGGGAGGGGAAGGGAGAGCUGUUAGGGGUGUGGGUACCCGGAGCACGAACUGCUUUAGGAGCAAAAACAAUCCUGGUGCUGAUGAAUUCCCCAUCUUGGGCCCAGAUAUUCCAUCAGAACCAAUGCCACCAUUUUGAGUCUUCUUUCCACCACACUUCACUGCGGGGUAGCGGUGAGGGGUGGGGGUGGCACUGAAGAAGUGGAUGUGUGUGGCUGUGUCUUGCAGACAUUUAUCUUUCUUUGCAUAGUGCCUACCUGCUCAUCUUUCCCUGCUCAGCAACAUGGCCACCUCUUCCAGAAGCCCCAAAAGAACUGGACGUGCUUCACCCCUUGGGCCCCCACUCUAGAGGAGCCGAGUGAUAUGUCCCCGCCGAGGCGCCCCGUGGCAGCCGUGUGUAGCAUGGGCUGAGCAGCCGCACCUGCAGGCCGGGCUGGCGGAAAUGGGCUCCUGGCUGCGUCCCAGGCAGACAGUGGCAGCGAGAAGAGGCCCGGGCGUCGGGACCAGGGCUGGGACGAAACGGUUCUGGAGUUCCUGAACGGGCCGAGCCCUGCCCUCCUGGCCCGCCAUGGUCCAGAGGCUGUGGGGGAGCCACCUGCUGCGGCAUCGGAAAGCUCAGCUCCUGCUGGUCAACCUGCUGACCUUCGGCCUGGAGGUGUGCCUGGCUGCAGGCAUCACCUAUGUGCCGCCCCUGCUGCUGGAAGUGGGGGUGGAGGAGAAGUUCAUGACCAUGGUACUGGGCAUCGGUCCAGUGCUGGGCCUGGUCUCCGUUCCACUCCUGGGCUCAGCCAGUGACCACUGGCGUGGGCGCUAUGGCCGCCGGAGGCCCUUCAUCUGGGCCCUGUCUCUGGGCGUCCUGCUGAGCCUCUUCCUCAUUCCCAGAGCCGGCUGGCUAGCGGGGCUGCUGUGUUCAGACACCAGGCCCCUGGAGCUGGCACUGCUGAUCCUGGGCGUGGGGCUGCUGGACUUCUGCGGCCAAGUGUGCUUCACGCCGCUGGAAGCCCUGCUCUCCGACCUCUUCCGGGACCCAGAUCACUGCCGCCAGGCCUUCUCCGUCUACGCCUUCAUGAUCAGCCUUGGGGGCUGCCUGGGCUACCUCCUGCCUGCCAUUGACUGGGAUGCCAGUGCCCUAGCCCCCUACCUGGGCACCCAGGAGGAGUGCCUCUUCGGCCUGCUCACACUCAUCUUCCUUGUGUGCAUGGCAGCCACGCUGUUUGUCACUGAGGAGGCAGCGCUGGGCCCGGCUGAGCCGGUGGAAGGGCUGUCGGGCCCCUCCUCGCUGUCCCACUGCUGCCCAUGCCGUGCCCGCCUGGCUUUCCGGAACCUGGGUGCCCUGUUACCCCGGCUGCACCAGCUCUGCUGCCGCGUACCUCGGACCCUGCGCAGACUCUUUGUGGCCGAGCUAUGCAGCUGGAUGGCCUUCAUGACCUUCACACUGUUCUACACGGACUUCGUGGGCGAGGGGCUGUACAAGGGUGUGCCCAGAGCUGAGCCUGGCACUGAGGCCCGGAGACACUAUGAUGAAGGUGUCCGGAUGGGCAGCCUGGGGCUGUUCCUGCAAUGCACCAUCUCCCUGCUCUUCUCCCUGGUCAUGGACCGGCUGGUGCAGCGAUUCGGCACUCGGGCAGUCUAUCUGGCCAGCGUGGUGGCCUUCCCUGUGGCUGCUGGCGCCACAUGCCUGUCCCGCAGCGUGGCCGUGGUGACAGCCUCUGCCGCCCUCACUGGCUUCACGUUCUCGGCCCUGCAGAUCCUGCCCUACACACUGGCCUCCCUCUACCACCGUGAGAAACAGGUGUUCCUGCCCAAAUACCGAGGAGACAGUGGCAGUGGCUCCAGUGAGGACAGCCCGAUGACCAGCUUCUCCCCUGGCCCCAAGGCUGGGUCCUCCUUUCCCAAUGGACACAUGAGUGCCGGAGGCGGCGGCCUGCUCCCCGCUCCCCCUGCGCUCUGCGGGGCCUCUGCCUGUGACGUCUCCAUGCGUGUGGUGAUGGGCGAGCCGCUUGAGACCAGGGUUGUUCCAGGCCGGGGCAUCUGCCUGGACCUCGCCAUCCUGGACAGUGCCUUCCUGCUGUCCCAGGUGGCUCCGUCCCUGUUCAUGGGCUCCAUUGUUCAGCUCAGCCAGUCGGUCACUGCUUACAUGGUGUCGGCUGCAGGCCUGGGGCUGGUUGCCAUUUACUUUGCUACACAGGUAGUAUUUGACAAAAGUGACUUGACCAAAUACUCAGUGUAGAGCGCUUCCUGCUGCCUGAGGGAGGGCCUGCCUCAUGGGGUCCCAGCCCCCCUCCCCAGGUCCCUGGCCUUCCAGUUUCUCUUGCUGCCAAAGUGUUGUGUCUCUCUGCUGCCACCCUGUGGUGGUGGGGUGUACAGCUGCGUGGAUGGGGAACUGGGGUUGCCCUCUUCCCUGUGCCCAGCCUUAAAGGCUGGCUGGCCAGUGGCUCUCCAGGUGAGCUUCAGCGUGGACUUCCCUCCAGUGGGGUCAGAAGGCAUGGCAAUGGCGAGCUCCACGCCCUGGAGUGCAGGACUCAAUUGGAGCUUUACCCAUGCUCAGGGUUACAGCGAGUGUGCUGGUCAGGGCAGACCCAGAAGGGAAUUGGGUAGCUGAGUAAACUUGGCCAUCUGGUCUCCCACCUCUAAACAUUCCCCCAAUGUUGCUCUUGUGUGGGAGUUUCCAGUGUGAAAUUUCUCUGAGGGAUUUGAAAGUGUGAAAGUUAUUUGGGGGUGUUGCCCUAAGGGAAGAGGGGCAGCUGCCUUGCCCCCCCAGCACUGCCUCUCUGCUGAUCCCCCCGCCUUUUUGUUCAAUCAGGACUUGGCUUGUUGGCUACUGUGUUGCCAUCAGAGGGACACAAGCCUUUAAAUAUUUAACUUAUUUAUUUAAGUAGAGGGAAAUCAAUUCCCAGCUUUGCUGUGCUGGUGCCAAGGAGUAGGGUAGGGCCCCCGCAGCUGGGCCCUGAGAUAGGCAGUUACUGUACUGGGCACUGCCAGAGCUGCAGUAAUGGUCUGGCUGUCUAACCCAGGAGGCGCUCACCCGACAGACAUCCCGCGUCCUGUGGCAGACUGGGGACGGAUGGAAGGUGGGGCACCCAGUCUCAGCAGCUUCCCUGGCUCCCCUCCCCUCGGCCCAGCCCAACCUCCCUCUGCUCCCUCUAGCACCCACCCCGACCUUUCCCGCUGGUUUCACAGCCCUCUCCUGGGGCUGUCACAGGGCAGAAGCAGAGUGUGACUCUCCAAGCCUGUGUCUCAGCCCCCAGGGCUUCUCUGUGCUUGGGGAAUCUCACAGAAAACUCAGGAGCACCCCCUGCCUGGGCUAAGGAGGUCUUAUCUCUGGGGGGGUUUAAGUGCCGUUUGCAAUAAUGUUAUGUCUUAUUUAUUUAGCGGAGUAAAUAUUUUAUACUGUAUGUGAGCAAUCAGAGUAUAAUGUUUAUGGUGAUGAAAUUAAAGGCUACUUAUAUGUUUAAUUGGCCUGUGUUUGGUUUUCUGGAGGAUAGGACCAGCUCAGCUUCGGUUUCCAGCACCACCCACAGAGGGCGCCACAGACCACAGACUGCCUGUUGGGUGCUGGGGUACGGCUGUGCCUCCCUGAAUUGGGACGUGCUUUUAGUUGAGAAGAGUCCAGCACGCUGGUCUUCACAAAGGGCCGCAAUGCAGACCAGGUGGAGCAAGCACCUGUGAUCAACCACAGCCAUGCGAGGGCACCUGGCAAGCGCCUGGCCUACCAGGCUCAUGUCAAAUUCAGACCCUUCCUGCUUCGCCUUUUCCCUGACCCCCCGACCCUGACUGUACUUUCCCUUAAGUCCCAGAGUGGUCAGAACCAUUAACACCCUGUGUAAGGACAAGCUUUAUUUUUAAUGUUCUGUAUUUUGCUUAACUUUUUUGUGGUUUAUUAAUUUUAGUUCUUAUUUUUAAUGAUGUAUUAAUUGGAAUCCCCCACCAGGUAUUGUUUCCAUAGUGCACCCUCCAUCAAAUCACCCUGGUCCACCACCAGUGUUUAACUUUUUAUUAUGAAAAAUUUCAAACAUAACAUGAGUGAUAAUCCUGGUGUAAUGACUCUGAUGUUAACAGUUAUUGACAUUCUACCAUUUUUAUAUCAUCUACGAUCACUUGUCUACCUUUUUUUUCCCCCUGAAGCUUUUUU